AUGGCGGCGUCCAUCAUCACGCGCGCCGCGGAGUUCUGCUCGUCGCCAAAGUUCGAGCGCGUGUUCGACAACUUUGCCAGGGACCACGCGGAUGUGUUCAAUGACGCAACGGAGGCGAAGAGCGGUGACGUCGAGCACAAGCACGAAUACAAGGAGCUGCAUGACCAGUACCUCAAGUUGUUCGAGGAGGAGCUGUCGGACUUCGUCGAGUCGGAGGGCGCGACGAUUGAUGAGUUUUUCAAGGAGUGCCGGGAGAUUCACGACGGUCAAUACACGGCGCUCUUCGAGGAGCACACGUACGCCUGGUUCGUGGACCACUUGCUGGCCUGCAUGGACUAUAAACACUUCUACGGGCUGAUGGUCAACGAGGCGCGUCGUCUCCACCACCGUAAGUGA